AUGUAUCUCAAGAAGCUGCUCACUUCGGCUGCGGCCCUGAGCGCCUCCGUCUUUGCCCAGAGCAAGGAAGGAGUGGAGGAUCUUGAUGGCCCCGGAAACGAUCUAUACGUGAAGGACCUUUCUGGGUGUCCGGGAUACAAAGCCACGAAGCACUGGCAGACUCGCUCUGGCUUUUAUGCGGAUUUGACUCUCGCGGGCCCGGCAUGCAAUGUCUUUGGGACUGAUCUCCCGGACUUGAAGCUGGAAGUCGAGUAUCAGACCAGCGACCGCCUCCACGUCAAGAUCUUGGAUACCAACAACACUGUCUACCAAGUUCCAGACAGUGUCUUCCCGCGCCCCGGGUUCGGCGAAUGGUGUUCCCCGAAGGACAGCAAGCUCAAGUUCGACUUCCAAGCCGACCCCUUCUCGUUUACCGUGUCUCGGACCGAUACCGGUGAAGUCCUCUUUGAUACUACUGGCAACAAGCUGGUGUUCGAGAGCCAAUAUGUUUACCUCAAGACACACCUUCCCCAGCACCCGCAUCUGUACGGACUGGGCGAGCACAGUGACUCCUUCAUGCUGAACACGACCAACUACACCAGGACCAUCUACACCCGUGAUGCCUAUGGAACGCCCCAGGGAGAGAACCUGUACGGCGCUCAUCCGAUUUACUUUGACCAUAGGCAGACUGGGACCCACGGAGUAUUCUUGCUCAACUCCAACGGUAUGGAUAUCUUCAUCAACAACACCGACACCCAGUACCUUGAGUACAACAUCAUCGGUGGUGUUCUUGAUUUCUAUUUCAUUGCUGGGCCCACCCCGCGCGAUGUGGCUAUCCAGUACGCGGAAAUCACUCAGCUUCCGUUGAUGACUCCUUAUUGGGGACUGGGUUACCACCAGUGCAGAUACGGCUACCAGGAUGUCUACGAGGUUGCUGCUGUUGUCGCCAACUACUCCACCAACAACAUUCCUCUCGAAACGAUCUGGACUGAUAUCGACUACAUGGACCGCCGGCGCAUCUUCACAAUUGACCCCGAACGGUUCCCGGCCCAUCUGUACAAAGACCUUGUGGACACUAUCCACGCGAGGGACCAGCAUUAUAUUGUCAUGGUUGAUCCCGCUGUGUACUACAAGGAGUCUAACCCGGCACUCGAUGCAGGUCUCAAAUACGACACCUUCAUGAAGGACGUCAAUGGCACCAACUUGCAGGGUGUCGUUUGGGCCGGUCCUAGUUACUUCCCGGACUGGUUCCACCCUGAGUCUCAGCAGUACUGGACCGAGCAAUUCCUGGAGUUCUUCGACGGAACCAAUGGCCCGGACAUUGAUGCGUUGUGGAUCGACAUGAACGAGCCCGCAAACUUCUACAACCGCCCGUACCCCGGCAACAACACCACUCCAGAGAAGUUCGCUGAAGUGGAUGGCGACCCUCCCGAGGCGCCACCUGUCAGAGACGGCCCAGAUGCCCCAAUCCCUGGAUUCCCGGCCAGCCUUCAGCCAAACUGGGUGAGCAGCGAUGCGACUGAGAAGCGCGACACUACUGCUGUUGUCCAACGUCAACACACUCGGUCCCGUGGCCGCCGUAACCUCGGUGCUGGUCACUGGCGGUCCCACAAGGGCCACCAUGACAAGAAGGCUGGCUGGCAGCAUGGCAGACAGACCGGUUCUGGCUGUGGCCCCAACGAUUGCAAGGGUCUCCCCAACCGCGAGUUUAUCAGGCCACCAUACAUGAUCCAGAACGGCGCCGGUCCCACACUUGCCGACAGCACUGCCGACACGGACGUGGUGCAGAGCGGUGGAUACGUCCAAUACGAUACCCACAACCUUUACGGUGCUAUGAUGUCCUCGCACUCCCAUAAUGCCAUGCGCGCCAGACGUCCCGAUGACCGCGCUUUGGUGAUUACCAGAAGCACUUUUGCUGGCUCCGGAAAGGAUGUUUCCCACUGGCUUGGAGACAAUGUAUCCGGAUGGCCCUGGUACCGCCAAUCCAUCAGUCAGAUCCUGCAGUUCGCGUCUCUGUACCAAAUCCCUGUUGUGGGUCCCGAUGUUUGCGGCUUCGGCGGUAAUGUCACGGAAACCCUCUGUGCCAGAUGGGCAACUCUCGGUUCCUUCUACACAUUCUUCCGCAACCACGCCGAGAUCUUCGCGAACCCGCAAGAAUUCUACCGCUGGCCCACCGUAGCUCAAGCCGCCCGCAAUGGAAUCGCCAUCAGAUACCAGCUCCUUGACUACAUCUACACGGCCAUCUACAAGCAGAACCAAACCGGCACACCCACCCUCAACCCCCUGUUCUUCAACUACCCCAACGACGCAAACACCUACCCCAUCGACCUCCAGUUCUUCUACGGUGACGGUAUCCUCGUGUCCCCCGUCACAGAGGAGAACAGCACCAGCGUCACCUUCUACCUCCCAGACGACAUCUUCUACGAAUGGGGCACCGGCAAGCCCGUCCGCGGACAGGGCGAAUACGUCUCCCUCGACAACAUCGACUUCACCGACAUCACCGUCCACUACAAGGGCGGUAUCGUCUACCCCCAGCGUGUCGAGAGCGCAAACACCACCACCGCGCUCCGCCAGAAGGGCUUCAACAUCGUUGUCGCGCCGGGCUUGGAUGGCCGCGCCGAGGGCUCCCUAUACCUUGAUGACGGCGAGUCGGUUGUCCAGGAUACCGUGUCAGAGAUUGACUUCGUCUACGCGGAUGGCAAGCUUAGUCUGUCGGGCUCGUUUGAGUAUGAUGCUGGGGUCAACAUUGAGGUUAUCACUGUUCUGGGUGUCGAGGCCAAGCCAGAGGGUGAGGACGAUGUGGAGUAUGAUGCGGAGAACAAGAAGCUGGUGCGGCAUGUUGAUGUGCCUUUGACGGGCGAGACUGAGAUUACGAUUUUGUGA